AAAGAAAAGAAAAAAAAUUUGAACAGAAAAAUGUAAAAGAUAAUUGUUGUCAAAUGAGAGGAGACAGGGGAGUGGAGGGGAGGCGCAUAGUUGGGGACUCGAGGAGGAAAAAAGAAACAGAAAAAAGAAAUAAAAUAAAAUAAAAUAAAAUAAAAAAAGAAAAAAAAAAAACAGAAACUAUUGACAUUGGUAAACAGAGUAUUAAAAGGUUAUGUCAAUGUAACGUAUAUAAGUUUAAUUCAAAAGUUAACCUAUAUUAUUAACAGAAAGGACAUAUUACCAAUUAUUCAUAUCCAAGAAAAACGCAGCGGUUGCCUCAUUUAAUUGGCUACCAGCUAACAAUCUUUGUAGCUGUUUAAUUAAAUCAUCUUUAUCCGUGGUGCCCAAACAGCUAAAUUGGUGUAACAAAUGUUGAUCCACGUCGUUGUUCACGUUCAUAUCGUCUUCCCUUCUUUCGUAUUAAGAUCCAUGCAAUAUGACUAACCGCGAUGAUGAAAUGAAAUCUUUUUGUUUGAAAAAAAAAAAAAAACAAACUCUUCUAAAUAACGUAUUCACUUAUCGUCGAUUUAACUACAAAAUUUUAAAUGUCAUUCUUCGGGAUUAUGACGUUCCGUUGUAUGUAAGUGCAUGCACUCGUGGUACAUUCCGUUCCAGAAUUAGAAACGAAUCGAGAAAGUAUAUCUCUCCCUUUAAGUAUACAUAUAUAUAUAGAUACGUACGUACAUAUAUAUAUAUAUAUAUGUAUAUAUAUAUGUGUGUGUGUGUGUACUUCUAUACGCAACUAUUGUACAGUCCAAUGAAAGAUUAUUAUUUUACGAGAUUAUAUUCCAAUUAAAAAUCACUAAACCAAUAAGCGUUAUGUAUUAAUCGUAAUUGCGAAAAAAAAAAAAAAAAAAAAAAAAAAAAAAAAAUCCACGGAAUUUUCCGUAUGUAUUUAAUACAAGAAUCGCUAGCGUCGAGAAAAUUGUUUUUAUCGACGCUAAGUCGUUCCCCCCCCCCCCCUGCUUCACCCUCUUAAUAACACUAUCCCGUCAUACGCGUAUGUCUCGCGUUCUAAAAAAAAAAAAAGAAAAGAAAAAAAAAAGAAAAAAAAACAGAAAGAAAUUCCCUAUCAAUUUUCAGAAGGAGGGGGAAAAAAAACACAUUCUCGUGUCUCGAUAUCGUUCGAUGUAAAUUUCAAUGUUGCUAAUUGUUAAUUAAAUUUCUUCAUCUUUUUCUAAUCAUCAUAUUGCUAAUAAUAAAUUGUUAGCGUGACAUUUAAAAUGAGCAGAAAAAUAGAAAAGAAUUACUUUUUUUAAUAAUAAAUUACAAUAAUACAUACAUAUAUAUAUAUAUAUAUAUAUGUAUAAAGAUUAAUUGUUUAUAUAAUUAUCCGGUAAGAAUAAGAUUUUAUUAUUCGCGGGGUUUGUAAAUUGACGCAGAGUUUUCUACGCAUGCGUGUUAUUAAGCAAUCGAGGUUAACGCCUGCGCGGUAGCGACUUAAGCAAGUCAACGCAUGCGCGUUGGUAACGCAGUCGAUAAGAUGCGCGCGCAUACGAGAGUCAUACGUACCGCGGAACAAUCGAAAUACAAAACAAACGUCUAUCGCGCGUCAACUCGCGAUCACGUUCGUUCCUCGUAGAGUCUUGUCAUGGUUUUAACGUUAACUUCAUAGAGUUAAGAAAACGAUCGUGUUUUGAAAUACAAUCGUAUAUAUUAGUCAAGAAUUAAAUAUAUCUCUUAAUAAUUUCGUUCGUGAGGUCUUUUCGGGAGAGAACAAAAAAAUCUAUAUAUUAUCUCGAAAGAUAGAGUGGUCGAAAAAAAAAAAAAUAAAGGAAGGGAAAACAAUAUUUCUCCGAAUAUACGUGGAAAGGCGCGUUUGGUGUUCAUGUACUUGUGUGUGUGUGUUUACGUAUAACGUACGUAUUGCUACGAUUCAAGUCGAUAUACAAAAUGGACAUUCGCAUGUAAAAAAAAGGAAGAAAAAAAAAAAAGAAAAAAGAAAAAAGAAAAAAGUGAUGUUAUAUGUCAAAGAUUUUUUUUUUUGAUCAUUAUCACAUAACGCACAAGAGAGAGAGUAAUGGGAUUAUAGUGAUUUCAUCGAAAAUUCUAUACAUUUUCAAUCUGAUAAAGCGAUUUUCAAGAGAUAACAAAGAAUAGAAGAAAGAAAAGAAAAAAAAAAAAAAGGAAAAUUCUAAAAGAUCAAUCUCGACUUUGAGACAUAUUUGCUCUUACUAUUUUUUUCUCCCUUCUCUCUCUCUCUCUCUCUCUCUCUCUCUCUCUCUCUCUCCAUCUCUCUCUUUCUCUCUCUCUUUUUUUAAAAAAAAAGGAAGAAGAAAAAUAAUUUUCGAAAAAAAAAAAAAAAAAAAAAAAAAAAAAAAAAAAAAAAAAAGAAACAUAAUUUUCGAAGAAAAAUGAUAGGACCAUCGUCUAACAACGGUAACGUUUCGAAUCACGAUACGAUCGUAAAUGGCCAAGGUGGUAAAUCGUCGAAAAGAAAAAUCUACGAGGAUCUAGACGUAAAUAGUUUUUGCGAGGAAUUAUGGCAAAAUGGUAGAAAACGUUAUUUGCAAGAAUUAGAAACCCCGAUAGAAUUGAUAAUGUCGAACGAUCUUAUUUCGGACGUCGAUAAUAAUACGUCGUUUUUUACCACAAACAAUUCAACGACUAUCAGUCAGGAUAAUAAUAACGACGAACGUGCCUCAUCCGUAACGCGUUUGAAAGUAUUGGUUGUAGACGGUACCAAUUAUUCUUGGACAACGUUGUCCGAUUUGGAAAGUCAACGUAUACAGGAACAAGUAACAGAAUUGACAAACAAUUGUACGACAACAAUAUCGUCACCGUCAUCCUCGUCAUCGUCAUCGAUGUCAUCCUCGUCUUCGUCAUUAUCCUCGUCAAUUUCAUUGGAAGGACACCCUAAUUCCGAUAUAAUUUAUACCGAUUUACGUACGAUCGACGAUACACAAAAUAAUUAUCAGCAGGUAAUACGUAAUGGUUUAUGGGAAUCCAUAAAUCAUCACCAUCAUCAUCACCAUCAUCAUCAUCAUCAAUCGUUGAUCACUUUACCCGCAUCGAAUAAUAGAAUGAAAUCCCAACAAAAUUCUAUGCAAUCUUUAACGAAUAAUAAUGAUAAUCAACAACAACAACAACAACAACAACAACAACAACAACAAUAUCAUCAAUUCGAUGAUCAAGAAGAGAAUGGUAAUCUUUCAUGGUUGUUGGAUUUUAAAUUAGAUCCUUUCAUCGAAGCUGCUGCUGACGAUAAAAUAUAUAACAAUGGGAUAGAUCUCAAGGAUAAUUAUUACGGGAAUAAAAAUAAAGGAAAUAAUAAUCAUCGUGGUAAUGGAUCAAUGAUCUAUACGAUAGAUUCCAAAAAAUUGUAUAAUAAUAAUCAAGAUAAUUCAACGAUUACUAAUCAGAAAUCUUCAUACGUUAAUUCGGACAUUAAUAAUCAUCAAGAUUUUUCGUCUACCAAUAACAACAACAACAACAAUAAUAACAACAACAACAACAACAACAACAAUAAUAACAAUAACAAUAAUAAUAAUAAUAAUAAUAAUAAUAGUAAUAAUAAUAAUAAUAAUUGUCCGAAAAAGCCACCGUUCACUUAUACCGAAUUAAUCGAACAUGCGCUACAAGAGAGAGGGGAACUUACCGUUUCGGCGAUUUAUCAAUGGAUUUCGGAACACUUUCCUUAUUACAAAAGUAAUGACGAUCGUUGGAAAAAUUCUGUGAGACAUAAUCUCUCGAUAAAUCCACAUUUUCGAAAAGGAUCUAAGGCCCCACACGGUGCUGGUCAUUUAUGGGCGAUAGCCAAUCGUGGUGACACCAGACCACAUCAAAUAAUUACAACCGAUCCGACAAAACCAUCAUCACGAUCGAUCAUAAAGGACGUUGAUUAUGGCAAUUCUCGGCAACAUGAUACUAACAACAGUGAAAUAGGUUUAUUAGAUGAAAUAGAAGCAGCUACGGCAAGUAUUACACGUCAAUCUUCCGAAGAGGAUACCGACGAUAUCGUUAAUUCUACGACAUUGGAACAUUGCGCGGAACAAAUAUUAAGCGGUAUCAAAAAGGAGGUCGAGGUACAAUAUUUGGUACCAAUGAUGGUUUCCAAUGGUACGUGUCAGGGAACACAGCAACAAAAUACAACACAAACGACUAAUUUUGAUUGCACCAUAAAAGAAAGCGAUUUUUUAAAUCCAAUAUCGAAGGAAGUAGUAGCCGAGGAAUGUGGAUUGAUAAGCGAAGGUUUUCUAGUAACCGAUAUGGGCUCAACGGGUUUAGGUUUAAACAUGGUAGAAUCUGAAAUAAUAUCGCCGGAGAAUUUAUUCGGGGAGGAAUUAAAUUUUCAAUUUUACGAAUUGUCAUCGCCAUCCCAAUUGCAAUCCGCUUGACACACGGACAACAAUAACGAAUUACACGUGAUUUUGAUAGACGAGUUACAAAUACAGGACAUUCAAGUAUGCGAAAAUAUAACGAUUACCAGCGAUUGUACAACGAGUCACAGUGUAACAUAAGAAGUACCCAAUAAUGGAGGAAAGGGAAAAAAGAAAGGAAAAAUUAAGAAAAAAAAAAAAAAAAAAAAAAAAAAAAAAAAAAAAAAAAAAAAAAGAAAAAAUAAGAAAAAAAAAAUGAAAAAGAAAAAAAGAAAAAAAGAUUAAUUGAUUUGAUAAGGGAAUUAUAAUAUAGUUUUUACGAUGUCCAUUACUGACAUCCGCUUUACCGAUACAUCAUUACAUCCGAAAUGAAAAAUCUCAUAUCUCUUGCCUUUUAAGAUCUUAUAUCUGGAUCUUAAUA